CGUUCGGAGGGCAACAGUGCACCGUCGUACGUCACGCCGAACACAUCACACUACGCGUCGCCCUUAUCGUCGCCCAUCAUACACACAGUAUCUCAUCAGUGUUAUCGUCGUCGCGUCGCAACUACACUAUCGUCGUUUGUGCGUUAUCAUUCGCAUAUACACGUUUUAUAUAUUAUUUACUUCCGGACAACCAGAGACCGUGAUAAAAUGGCUUAUCUGUCAAACAGUUUCGACUUCGAACACUUGCAAAACUCGACCAACUGGGAGGCCGUCAACAAGAAGCGGUCCUUCGUCGCCCGAAAAAUGCACAAAAUCAACAAGACUAUCAAACCGAUACUGAGAGCCUUGUGCCGCAGAAACGCCGUCACUCCGGCCGCCCAACAAGACGGUUCGGCCUUGGACCCCCGUGGCCUGUCACCCGAAGAACUAGAAAACUUGCAAAACGAAUACAUCGAACGCAAACUAUCGCAGGCCGUCGUGUACGACGAAGACGACUACUACUCGGACACCAUCAGCGUCGAGUCCGGUCUUGGCAUGUCGUUCGAAGAGCUCAGCCGUCCCGUCGAUCGCAGGCAGCUCGUGUCCCUGUUGCCCGAAGCCCGGUUCUACAUGUCUCGCGAUUUCUGGUUCGAAUCGGACACCCGCACCGCCGGCCGACCAUCAUACACCAGACAACAGACGCCCCAGAGGCAGCAGCCAUGCAGGUACUAAACGCACUGAGUUACUCUCGUACGUCUCGUCCGUCCACCCCCAAAAGUCUUUCAUUUUUUGCUCAAGUCUCUAUAUAUAUAUUAUAUAUUACAUAUUACAUAUUGUUUAUAAUAUGUUUGUGUGAGUUUGCAUUUUUUAUUAUUUUAUAUUUUUGUGGUAUUCAUAAUACUGGGAUCUCUAAACAGUGUUAACCAUUAAUUAUACCACCUGUAAACGUGUUCGUAUAAUAAAUUAUUAUAUAUCGAUCGCGUUAUUGAUCUUAUCGAUCGGCGAGUAUAUAAUAUUUAUGUAUACAUAUAUAUAUAUAUUAUAAGAUUUAAUUUUGUUAGUAUGAUAUAUAUUUUAUCGUCUUGCGAUUCUUUACUUACAUGCUGAUUAUCAUUAGAACAUAUAGAUUUUUUUUUUAUAUAAACUUAAGACUUUUAACAAAUAUAUUUUUUAUUUUUUUAAAAAAAUAUUUGUACAAUAACGUAUUACGAAUUUGUAUGUAUAUAAAACGCUGUCGUAUGCAUUAUUAUAUUUGUGAUAAAUAAUUGUUUUUUCAACAGCGAUUCUGUGAUUCAAUUUUAAUUGCUACAGUUAUUUAUGUAACGGACUGUAGUUAUUGACUGAUAAUGUUUAUAUUAUAUUAUAUUGUGUUCCUUUGUUAAAAAUAAAAUUGAAAAAAAUCAAUUGAUUUUAAA